GUUGCACUCUCGAUUUUUUUCGGCAAGCCAGAGUGAUUGUACUGUCUAGUCUCUCAGCUAACCAUGAGUCUGUUUCUUCAUAAAAUAUUCUUCUAUCUUGUGUUUGGGCUGAGUGUGAUAUUUACUAACGGUGCAUCAGUUGAUUUUGAUGUCGGGCUGGAAUCGCGCAUUGUUGGAGGGGCACAGGCUGAAGAAGGCGCAAUUCCUUACCAAGUCUCAUUGAGAUCGAAUGGCUGGCCCUUUUGUGGAGGGUCUAUAAUCACUGUCCUCCAUGUUGUCACUGCAGCGCAUUGUGUUCCGGGUAUAAAUAUCAGUCAACUGACAGUCAUUACGGGGACCAACAGUUUGGAAAGUGGUGGGGAGACCCAUGGUGUCGUUGAAGUAACAUCUCACGAGAGUUACGUCGGUUCGUCAGACUAUUGGAAAUACGAUAUCGCAAUUUUGACGCUAGCUGAGGAACUGACGGUGACGUCUCUUCAAUCGCCAAUUCCUAUAGGUACGGUUGAUCCUCCCGAUGGCGUUGAGACACUCGUCAGUGGAUGGGGGAGGGUAUUCUCUGAGAGUAAUGCUGUGCCCACAAAACUUCAGUAUCUAUGGGUGGUGACAAUCAAUAAUACGGAAUGCAGGGAGACGCUUCGAGAAGAAGUGGACGACGUGCAUCUGUGUGCGUUGAGAGGUGUUGGAUCUGCGGUUUGCAGUGGUGACAGUGGUGGUCCUCUGGUGUAUAAUGGCACCCUAGUUGGCGUCGUUUCUUGGGGCCGGUCGCCAUGUGCUUCUGGAGUUCCAGAUGCCUAUGUUAGGAUGUCACAGAUGCUUGACUUCGUUGAAAGAGUAAUCGGAAUCGAUCUUUCCAAGUAAAGGUCUGAAGGGGAGAUUUCAGGGAAAUUCAUAACUUUUC